AUGCCAUCUUUGUGGACGUCUGAUGGCACAAUCGAUACUUGCUCAUACAGCCUGAUCGAUCACCAGAAGCCAAUGAGGGCCUGGUUCCAAUGGUUGCUAAAGUGUCAGGCACAAGUGAAAAAGAGAAUAAGGCUAUUGCAAAGAUGUCCUCCAAAAACUCAGGUGCGAAAAUGGCGUGGCAAACACGAGGCGUCUUUACACGUCCAAGCGGGUCUCGAGCCAGAUCAGCUCAGCUCAACGAGUUGCCUGAUGGCGUUGGAGCGGCUCGACCCUGAGACCCUGGAGCGUCAAGACGAGUCAGUCAUCAUCAGUCGCAAGAAGGCAGAUGGCACCGCAAAACAGGCCUCAAUCAGGUGUUCAAGAGCAUAA